UCAAUUCUUCAAAAUAGAGUAAGAGCUAACUAUAACAAUUCAAUUUACUGAACUGUUAGUUUAAUUCUAGGAAAGCUACUAUUUUCAUCUCAACAGAACUUGAAGACUCGCAUAAGAAUGUAUUGUGGAGAUUAUCUGACACAAGGAACCAUUUUUCCUGCUCCAAAUUUUAACCCUGUUAUGGAUGCCCAGUUGCUAGGAGGAGCCCUACAGGGAAUCAGUUGUGAAAAAGAUGUGUUGAUUGAUAUCCUCACACAGCGCUGCAAUUCACAGCGGCUUAUGAUUGCUGAGGCGUACAGAGACAUGUACGGCAGGGAUCUGAUAACGGACCUAAAGGAGAAUCUCUCUCAUCACCUGAAAGAAGUCAUGGUUGGCUUGAUGUAUCCACCUGCCUCCUAUGAUGCCCACGAGCUCUGGCAUGCCUUGAAGGGAGUAGACACAGAAGAAAAAUGCCUAAUUGAUAUACUAGCCUCAAGAACAAAUAUGGAGAUCUUCCAGAUGAAAGAAGCCUACUUAAUGCAAUAUAAUAAUGAUCUUCAACAAGAUAUCGAUUCUGAGACUUCAGGCCACUUCAGAGAUACACUCAUGAACCUUGCUCAGGGAACAAGGAUGGAAGGUUAUGCAGAUCCUUCUACAGCUGCUCAGGAUGCAAUGAUUCUAUGGGAAGCAUGUCAGCGAAAAACAGGCGAACAUAAAAACAUGCUGCAAAUGAUUCUCUGCAACAAGAGCUACCAGCAGUUGUGGAUGGUUUUCCAGGAGUUCCAAAGUAUCUCCGGGCAAGACAUCGUAGAUGCCAUUAAUGAAUGUUAUGAUGGAUACUUUCAAGAAUUACUGGUUGCAAUAGUUCUCUGUGUUCGUGACAAGCCUGCCUACUUUGCUUACAGGCUUCAUAAUGCAAUCCAUGAUUUUGGGUUUCACAAUAAAACAGUUAUAAGGAUUCUUAUUGCCAGGAGUGAGAUUGACCUGAUGACCAUACGACAGCGAUACAAAGAGAGAUACGGGAAAUCACUCUUUCAUGACAUUAAACAUUUUGCUUCAGGGCAUUAUGAGAGUGCUUUACUUGCCAUAUGUGCUGGUGAUGCUGAAGAUUACUAAAGAAGAUGAACUUUGAAGACUGUAUAAAUCUAUUCUAAAUAGAAACUGAAGCUAUUCAUA